GUCCACACUCCACAUAGAGUCUGAUGCAUGCGUAUUGCAUUAAAUUGAAAAUUUACACCUAUGAUUUACACCGACAAAAUGUUUCAGAACAAGUAGAUUAUGUCGCUUGUAAUGUAAGGCCUAUCAAACUCGCCUAAAUAGAACUUUAAAACCCAAUAUACCAUAUCCAAAUCCACCGGUCAGUUUACACUCUUACAAUGUUUUGGCAAAUUUUCACCUUAGUAGUAGUCCUACCAGGCCUAUUUCUUAGCGUCCUACUGUUUGGAGCAUUUGUCGUAGUACCAUGUGCGUUUAUAUUUGCGUCAUGGUACAUGAGGAUUAAGGAGAGGAAGCUUCAGAGAAGGAGGAGGGAUGGUGCUAAUGUGGCUUUCUUUCACCCCUAUUGCAAUGCAGGGGGUGGGGGUGAGAGGGUGCUGUGGGUAGCUAUUAAGGCAAUUUUAACUAGGUAUCCUGAUACCCAUAUUUUUAUCUAUACCCUAGAAACUGCGGAGCCCAAAACAAUCCUAGAUAAAGCUCAAAAUCAAUUUAAUGUAAAAGUAGAACCAGAGCAAGUGCAGUUUGUACGACUUACUAUGGGAAAGGCGAUAGAAGCUAAAACAUAUCCGUAUUUUACAUUAUUAAUGCAAAGCUUAGGUUCCAUGGUCUUGGGCUUGGAAGCACUGAUGAAGUUGAAUCCAGACGUCUACAUAGACACAAUGGGCUGUGCGUUCACCUACCCAAUAUUCCGAUUCAUGGCACAAUGCCCCGUCGGCUGCUACACCCACUACCCCACUAUCACAUCGGCCAUGAUGCGGCGAGUUAAGCAUCGACUCACAACGUAUAACAAUUCGAGUGUGAUAGCCCGCAAUCCGAUUCUGACGUGGUGUAAACUGUUGUAUUAUAGGGUAUUUGGAUGGCUUUACAGUUUAGUUGGUCGCUGUGCGGAUAUAGUGAUGGUGAAUGGAACCUGGACGGAAGAACAUAUAAACGAACUGUGGGGGCGGCCCUUGAACACGCAUCGAGUUUACCCACCGUGCGAAGUAACAGAACUCAAGAAGCUCAGAUCGCUUGUAAAAGAUUCGGAUCCUAUCCGGAUCCUGUCGGUUGCGCAGUUCCGUCCGGAGAAGGACCACCCGCUGAUGCUGCAGGCGAUGUACGAGCUGAGGAACCUGCUCAUCAACGAUGAGAUGCUGUGGAAUAAGAUAAAACUAGUACUAGUCGGUUCAUGUCGUAACGCGGAAGACGAGGAGCGCGUCCAGAACCUGCGCGACCUCGCCAAGCAUCUCUCCAUAGAGGACAACGUGCAGUUUGUGGUCAAUGCGUCGUAUGCGCAACUGCUGCAGUUGUAUCAGACGAGCACAUUGGCUAUACACGCUAUGUGGAACGAGCAUUUUGGCAUUAGCGUGGUAGAAUGCAUGGCGGCGGGUCUGCCGACGGUCGCGCACCGGUCGGGCGGGCCGCUGCACGACAUCAUCGGGGACGCGUGCGGCGGCGCGCUGCUGGCGGCCGAGCCGGCGCAGUACGCGCGCCAGCUGCUGCAGCUGCUGGCCGAGCCCAGGGAGCGGCGCGCGCAGCUGGUCGACGAGCUGCGUGCAUCUGUCGAUCGGUUUUCAGUGAAGGAGUUCGAGAAAUCAUUUAUAAGAGCUGUGGAGCCGCUCAUGAGGAUAGAAUAAGUAUUUUAUUAACUUAUACAUAGAUACUUACUUAAAUUAAGUACAAUUCCAUUAAUGUUAAGUUGGAAAAAAUAAAACAAUACCAAAGUU